AUUCAUAGUAGAUGAUGGAACGAGCCCCUGUUUCAAAAAGUAAUAAUAUAGCACUUCCAGUUGAAAUCUUUCAACAUGCUCUUGCAUUACUUCCAUUAAAAGAAAUAUAUUCAUUCAAGCGAGUAAAUAAGGAAUGGUAUAAUUUAUGUGACCAUGCUAUAGUCGAACAUAUUACUUCCUCUGGCUCACAAGUCCAUCUUCGGGCUGGUACAUCGAAGAAUCCAAAACUUUGUUAUGACCUUGAUUUCGCAAGUUAUGAUCCUUCAUCGAACAUUUUCACAUUCAAGCCCUCUCCUAAUAGGAAUGAACUAAAACCUACUUUUUGUUAUUCAAAACAUUUGCGAGAGAUCAGAAUAUUGUUUGGAGAAUGGAGAGGUGUGAAUACGACAUUAAGCAAAUAUUCACCAUCGGAUCCAACAUUUGGAAUUCCGAUAAAGAGAAAUUCUGAUCCACAGGCUCAAAAAGUGUUAAGACUUGCUAAAUUAGAGUUUCAUAAGCAUUAUAUAGAGUCUGUACGAAAAGUAUAUCAAUUAGAUGAUGAGCCUUCUUUAGAAGAAGGAACUGUUGUAUCUUGUUUGGGAGAUAAAGAUAUAGUAUUAAAGUGUCAUAUAACUACUAGACUUUCUUGCAAUAUACCAGACGACCAGCAAAAUUCCGAGAAAGAUGAUGAAUGUUCUCCGGAGGGUGUAGUUUAUAGCUUAAGAAUAGAGUUUGUUAAAGUUUGUGCUUCAUGGUUAGUGUCCGGUACAACAUCAAAUUUUAUUCCAGAAGAAUCACGAAAUCAAAUAUUUGCUUCUCGGUUUAAUCUUUUAGACCAAAUUCUUUCCGAACAAAAUAUUACAAAAUAUUACCGAUAUUCAUCAAAAGUUCUUAAAUGGAUAUUAUCAGAAUACGAUAGAAAUGAUCAAAAAACAAGAGAAAUGAUUAAACAUAUAUUAGAUACCAAAGGAGAUUUUUCAAUAAGAAGUAAGUUUGAGGCAGCGUUAGAAGGAAAAAAUGUGAAAAAGCAAAAUAUGUGGAAAUAUUCUUUAGUGGCUCGAUUUCUUCGUGAUCCUGAAUCUUAUGAUUCUCUUGAGGAUGUCGUGAAUAGGAUUGUUCAUACUGAACGCAAAGAUAUUUCCUUUGAAUCUAAUAAUAAUCAUUCUUCUAGAUUAUUUCGUGGGUUAAAACCAAUACUUCAAAAAAUUAAAAUUACUUCAUGAUUAUGUUAUUCUUAACCUAGAAAAUAGAUAAAUACGUUAUGGGACUUUUUUCUAGAUUAUUUAUUAAAAUUUUUAUGAAACAUUAAUAAACCUAUAAUUAUAUUAUUAUUUAUG